CCUUAUGAUCAAGGUGUAUCACGUGUAACGCUGGACCAUGUGUGUUUAAGAGACUUUCAGGUUCAGGCGCAUCACGUGUAAUGCUGAACCAUGUGUAUUUAAGAGACCUUCAUAUCAAGGUGUAUCACGUGUAACGCUGGACCAUGUGUGUUUAAGAGACCUUCAUAUCAAGGUGUAUCACAUGUACCACUGGACCAUGUGUGUUUCCGAGACCUUCAGAUCGAGAUGGACAGGGUCCUGCAGAGUAAACGUCAUGCUUCGUUUGGACACGUUGUGAUGGUUCUGACCGAGGGGCCACCGUCUCUCACAUCUUGGUCACCCCGGUAACGACUCAGGAGAAGGGUGACCGGGGUCUGGACACGCCGCGGGAUGCUGCUUCGACAGUGCCUGAAGCUUCUCGGAGUUCUCGCCCUUUACAUUCUCCUCGUGUACUGUGCCUUUGUUUACAAAACCUUCAGUGCAAGAAACAACAGAAUCGUCGGAAGUCAAGUACAGAACGAAAGGAACACAACCACGAUUUCAAAACCACCAAGUGUUGAUACUGUUCGUAUCGGGAGGACGCGAGCAGCAGUCAUUAACCCACGUUCUUCACCAGCUGCAAAAACCGUAGUGAAGCAGGGCGGUAAAACAGUGAUGAAGCCCUGGACAGAGAUGCCCCUUCUUACUCCUCAGUUUAAUGGUCGCCUUGGCAACCAGAUGUUUGAAUACGCCUCAACGUACGCCCUAGCGAGGGCGAAGAACAUGUCCUUGUACGUACCCAGUGUUCACAUCCUCAACCGCCUAUUUCCCCUCGACAUGGCCACUGUGACGUCAAAGAGGUGUGGUGGCUGGCAUCCCGUAAACGCUCCCUGCUGUUCUUACGAUGAUCACCUGGUGACACGACUCGACAGCAGCACUUGCCAGAGCGUAGGCCAGUAUCUCCAGUCAUGGAAGUUUUUUCACCCAGUCGAGGAGAGCAUAAGGAGACAAUUUACUUUUAAACCUUCCAUUGCCGACAGGGCGGUCAACAAGCUAGUGUCAGUUAAACUAGAGUUCUUGAGAAGAAUGAAGGACGGGACGCGACUAAUGAGGGAACUGUCAAACGCUACAGGAGAGGUGAAGCAGGAUUUACACAGGGUUGAGAAUGUGUCAGCUACACUGUCCGUGAACCUGACCUAUAUUGGGAUGCAUGUCAGACGUGGGGACUAUUUAUCGUCAAUGAGUAGACGCCAGGGACGUAUCACUCCUCCAGCGGAGUACUACAUCCAUGCCAUGAGGUAUUUCCGAGCUAUAUUCCCCAACACGUUGUUUGUUGUUGCGGGAGAUGACGGAAGUUGGGUAAACCGUAAUAUCGGCGCACCGGAUGUUGUGGUAGUGCAGAGGGACUCGGCGGAAGUGGAUCUCUGCGUAUUGAGCAUGUGUAACCAUACUAUAUUAAGUGUCGGGACUUUUGGUUGGUGGGCUGGGUUUCUGGCAGGGGGGACAACUGUGUAUUAUAAACAUCCGUACCGAAACAACACGGAGAUGUCCAGAUGGUAUCCCAAUUAUGAUAGCGACUUUGUAUAUCCAGGUUGGAUAGCGAUGUCAUGAACGAGAGAUAUUUUGUCUUGUGGCUCAACACAUAAGUGCCUUAAUGGAUAACUGAAAACCUGUGUCCUAUACUAAGCAACUCAUGAACACCGCUCGUGGAAUAACUGAACAUCUGUGUCUUAUACGAAGCAACUCAUGAACACCCCUCGUGGAAUAACUGAACAUCUGUGUCUUAUACGAAGCAACUCAUGAAAACUGCUCGGAAUAACUGAACAUCUGUGUCCUAUACGAAGCAACUCAUGAACACUGCUCGUGGAAUAACUGAACAUCUGUGUCUUAUACGAAGCAACUCAUGAACACCCCUCGUGGAAUAACUGAACAUCUGUGUCUUAUACGAAGCAUCUCAUGAACACCCCUCGUGGAAUAACUGAACAUCUGUGUCUUAUACGAAGCAACUCAUGAACACCACUCGUGGAAUAACUGAACAUCUGUGUCUUAUACGAAGCAACUCAUGAACACCGCUCGUGGAAUAACUGAACAUCUGUGUCUUAUACGAAGCAACUCAUGAACACCGCUCGUGGAAUAACUGAACAUCUGUGUCUUAUACGAAGCAACUCAUGAACACUGCUCCUGGAAUAC